UUUUGUCAGACAUAUUUGGCCUGUGCGUGCAUAGCCCUAUAUAGGGGCCUAGGUCGGCCAUCUUAUACUAUCGACUUGGGCCUUUUGCUUAGAGUACCUAAAAUAAACUGAAUGUGUUUCGAUUCAUAGGAGAACAAGUGAGCUUCGACCGCAGUAUUAGUGUCUUCACGGCAGACCAUUCGAAUCUAUCGGAGUAGACGGAAGACAGUAGGCCUCUGUUCGAGGAGAGUAAGCUAAAACUCACUGGCAAGAUGAUGGCACCACCGGAGAAUUUCAAACUGAAAGCAUUCCUCGUGAAACUUUCCAAAGAAAUGACACAAGAGGACCUUGAAUACAUGAAGGAUAUGUUUAAAGGAAACGGUGGAAUUGGCAGAGGUGUUCUCGAGAGCCUGACUCUCCCGGUCCACUUUUUCGACCGCCUCCAAACAGCUGGGUUUCUGAGUAUGAACAACAUAGUGGUUCUGCAAGCUCUGGUGUGGCACACAGGACGUAAAGAUCUGUAUCAGCAAACUGUUAGCUUCGCAGAGCAGGUGGAGAACGUUGUAUACACUUGUGAUCCCACCCCAGUGGCAGAAAAUGGUUUUAAGUACACGCGGUUUCAUUUAAAAUGUGAUCUAAACAAAGAAAAAAUCGAGGAAUUGCGUGCGGUUGUGGCCCGGUGGAUGAGCGUUCCCACACACCUGGUUUGUGUGGCUGGGGUACAGCCUUCCGAAAGCUGGAUUAUCACCCUCAUGGUUCCUGACAUCGACACCUUAGACUUGUCUGAAGUGAUCCGGCGACAUAGGGACUGGCUCGUCCAUAAGGACAUUGACAGGUUCGAAAUUGAUGAUAAAGUCAUCAAUCUGACAGAAGGUACUACAGACAGUGUUGAGAAUUGCAAUGAGCUCUUAAUACGUGAAAAUACCAGACUUAGGAAGAUGAAUGCCGAUUUAGAAGAUGUGAAAGAAAACCUUUGGACACACAUCCGGAUCCAAGAAAAUGUUAUUGCAAAACUUAAAUCAUCUGUAGAAAAACUGAGUACUUCUGUAGUGGAGAAAAGAUCAGAUUAUGGGCCCUAUUAUUUUGGACUGUUCCUGUGGACUUUGUGUUAUCUGCACCUUUUCAAGAAAACAUUCGUAGAUGGCACAUCCUUGGGCCUGCGACUGAAGAACGGAGCCGUGACAGCAGUGGAUAGACUGACAUCCAAGUUCAGAGAAUGCAUGGAAGCAAUUCGUAAGAAGGAUUAUGAUGCUGAGUUGAUCGACGGUUUACUGGAUUCCUUCCGGCGGUUAGUAAGGGUGGAGCAACUGGAAGAGAUAAGACUCUCUGCCUUUCUUGUACAACACCAACACAUGGAAGUGUUUGUACAAAACCUUGUUUUAGAGCAGGAAAAUAGGCGUCUCACACUUGAAUUAAUCAGACAAAUCAUGGAAAGUGGUGAAUCCGGCAAAACACCGGAGUCCGGAACGCCUGGCCCACCGAUCAAUGUGGAAGCACACACGAAUGUGGUGAUUCGUAUUCGGAACGACUUUCUCUCAGCUUUAGCAGAGAUCAGUCGACAAAUGAUGCCAAAGGAUAAAGACAGGAUACUGAAGGCAGUUGGACAGGAGCUCAAUAUAGAUCGUGCAGAAUUUGCCUAUCUGAUGAAAACAGACCAAAGAUUCUUGGAGUUGCUUGUCAUCAAAAAAAUUCAGGAUUUAACUAUGAAAUCCGAUCAAUUUCAUAAAAAACCAGAGAUAUAUAUCCUACAGCUGCUGAAAAAAGCAAACCGCCAAGACCUUUCCAAACAACUGACUGAAAGUUUGACCGAAGCUCGCAUCGAAGGUCUCAACAUACCCAUGCCAUUUUUUAAAGGUCCUUGGUCUCAAGGUGGAGUUGGAGAGUUACAUCCGUAUGGGGCUGGCCAGAUGCCAUUUUCACUGUAGACAUCAACCACAAGUACAAUUGACUGGAUUGAUAAUUUAUGGAUGAAGUUACCAACUUCUCCCAUGUUACUACUGACCAAUCAGCUUCUCCGUAUCAAAUUUCUGCGCGGCUCAUCACAGAAGCCGUGGCGUAGUUUAUCCAUUUCGUCUGACUUCAGACGAUAUAACAAUUUGACAGUGACUGCUGGAAGUUUACGGAUGCUUCAUUACCAUAUUAACCAUCAUCAAAUGCGGGGUGGUGACGUCAUCAAUCAAAUGAUCCAGGCUUGCAUACAAUGUAUGCAUGGUUCGGUUAAAGUGGUAUCAUUCCUCGAAUAGGGAGUGUGAAUUUGAGUUUACGAUGAUUAGCAAGAUGGCCAGAGCGAAACCUUUAUUCAAUGUAGCCAAUACAUUCUCUCACCUGCCAUUCCAUGAUGUUCCCAUGAAACACCUACUUCAUCAUCAAUUGCCUCGUCUCCCGUCCCAACUUAUAAUCUUGAUAUUAUUUACCAGAUGUGCUUCAGUCCAGUUGAACUGAAUGACUAUGAUGCAUCUAAAACACAUAUUGAUGACAACAAACAUGAAAUUGCCUAUUGGGGUAAUUUAGACUCCCUGUCCAACUACUAUAACCCCAAAAGUUUAACUCACACCUAGAUUAUGACAAUCAAAAUCAGUUUUCAACCUUUCAUUUAAAUACGCUUAGUUUAACUAACAUUUUUGACGAAAUUACAUGCUUUAUCCACAAUCUCAAUCUUAACUUUUAAUUCCUUGGAUUUGCGGAAAGUUGGCUUAGCCAAUAACCGAAUGCUUAGAGCCUAUAUUCCAUGCUAGCCUACGCUUUAUGUUUUGCUUCCCGGGAUAAACGGAAGGGAGGCGGUGUUGCACUCGAUGUUUAUAGCUCUUUUGAGUCUUGAUCUUUCUUUUUUCGAGGAAGAUUGUGAAUAUGAGUCUUCAUUUAUUUGGGAGAUCGCUGCUCCGUCAGAUGUCUAUGUUGUUGGAAUUAUUUAUCGCCCUCCAGAUAAGAACGUGUGUAUUUUUAAUGAAAAACGAAGCACAGCCCUUUGUAAUGUACCUGCAAAAAAUGUAUCAUCUUUGAUAUUCCAUCAAAAGAUUUUUUUUGAACUAAUGAAGUGUCCUUACCUUUUCCCUUCCAUUACAAAAUCUACUCGAGUAUACUCUCGCUCUGCUACCCCUAUGGAUAUAGAUAACAUCUUUACAGACUUGCAUGCUCAAAGCAAUUUCUCCGGUACAGUUUCAACAGAUAUGUCUGACCACUUCCCUAUAUUCAAUAUCUUCUUGACUACUGCUUUUUCGAAAAAAACAUCAACUUACUCUUUUCGAAAAGAGACUCCAGAACAAGUCAGUCUGUUUCGAGAAAAUGUUCAAAAUACAGAGUGGCAUGACGUUCUAUCAUCAGAUAGUGUUGAUGAUGCUUUAUUCUGUUUUACUGGGAAAUUAUCCCUAACAUACGACACAUGCUUUCCUGUUGUGACCAUAGACAGCCCAUCAAAACAUACUCGCAAACCUUGGGUGGCACGAAGUAUUUUACAGUCUGUAUUCGAGGAGAACAAACUUUAUCGCAAAUACUUGAAAUCUACUGAUAUACCCACUCGCAUCAAAUAUAGGAAGUACAGGAAUAAAAUGAACAACUUGAUCCGUUUUUCGCAAAAGGAUUACUUCGAAAAAAAAUUUAACGAUCAAAAUCACAAUAUCAAAGGAACUUGGAAGGUAUUGAAUGAUCUAAUGGGGCGUGGUAAAUGCAAGAACAUGCCUAAAUGUUUUAAUAUUGGGUUAUCUUUUCAUAUAUAAGUGUUAUUUCCAAAUAGAUUUAAUGACUUGUGUCGACUAUUGCUUCCAGUCUUGAUGCUAAGACACCCCCGAGCUCUAAACAUUUUUCAGAUGUUCUAGGUGAGCCUAUAGAAAAAAACUUUCAAUUUUCUCCUGUCUCGCCUAGUCUUGUUGAAGCCACUACACACGAGCUAAAGUAAUCAGUUCCAGGCUUAGAUGACAUUUGCAUGUCUGAUCUCAAACUUGUUGCAAAAGAUAGUUCAACUCCCCUUGCACAUAUGGCUAAAUUGUCCCUUUUUUCGGGAUGUAUGUCGUCUUCGUUGAAACAAUGGAAAAAAAUAGUUAUAAACAUGAUGAAUGAUUUUGUGACAGCCAAUGACAUCAUUUUGCCCAACCAAUUUGAUUUUAGAACUGGGCACUCUACUACCCACGCGGCGUGCACUCUAUACAACUAUCUUGUAGCUGACAAAGACGCCAAACAACAUUCUGUCGUGUCUUUCCUUGACCUGUCAAAAGCCUUUGAACAGCGCUCAGUGGUUCGAGAGCUAUCUAUCUGGACGAUUCCAAUCAAUUCACUUUGAAGGAAAUAUGUCAAAAGACCGCAACGUAGGUUGUGGUGUUCCCCAUGGCUCCAUUCUCGGCCCUGUAUUAUUUUUAUUGUACAUUAAUGAUAUUACAAAAUCAUCAGAUAUUCUGGAUUUUAGUGUCCAGUGUCUGCACUUAUGCGCAUACAAGCUAUAUCGAGCAUGUCUGUAGAGUUGCAUAAAAUAUUCGAUUGACUAGCAGCUAACCGCUUGUCCUUUAAUAUUAGUAAAACAAAAUACAUCCAUAUAAAUCUAGCCAAAAAUAAGGCACUUCCUCCACCGUUGUAUUUGCAUGGCGUUGAAAUAGCCAGCCUGCAAAAAUACAAGUUCUUGGGAGUUUAUUUAAAUUCAAGGCCGUCUUGGACAUCACACAUUCACUUUAUAGUAAGAAAGUAUACAGAAAUAUUGGCAUCAUCAAACAUUCGAGCAAAUGUGAACAAAAAAAACUGCUUUAUUUUGUACUACUUUCUAUUCCGUUAUCUUUCCUAUACAAAUGUUUUAUGGGGCAACGCAUACACGAGUCAUCUCCAUCCCAUAGUAAUUCUUCAAAACGCAUCAACCUCCUCAUCACUUUCUUUCAACGACUUGACCAUGCGGCUUCAGUAUUUAAGAACCUCAAAAUCUUCCCACUUGCACAAAUACACAAAUUUGUACAGCUGUUCAUAUGACAAUCUGACAUUCACAAUUACCUAACCAGAUCCAAUUCUUUCAAUCUCCAUGUACCUUUUUUAACUUCAAAUCUAUCAACACAUUUCAUCAGGUCAUCAACCCCAAGGAAGUGGAAUAGACUUUCUCCAAACCUCAAAGUAAUCAAUAUCACGCCUUUAUUCAAAUCCAGGCUAAAAGAUUUUUUAAAUUAACAAUAUUUGAUCUACAUCAUUCAUAUAAUCUACGAGACAGAAGGUGUUACACAAAAAAUAUUAUUCACACUAUUCUAUACUUAACUUAACCUUUUCUAUGUGAGUUUUUCUAAGUAACUUUGCUUUUGUCAGUACGACUAGUCUUUGAUAAUAACGAGCCAGGGAUAGAACGUGUCCCUCGGACUUUAUUCGCGCCAUUUAUGAGAUAUGUCAUUAUACAUAUAUUUACGUAUGGUGAAUAAACAUUCAAUUCAAUUCAAUUCAAUUCAAUUCAAUCUUAAUUCUCGUGAGCCUAAUAUUGAGUUGUUAAUGAUAACGAACGAUCAGGGAGAAAGCUGUUUGAUAUAAAUUGUUUAGGUGGAACUAUUAGAACACUUUUAUUAAACAUACUUCUGUUUUAAACUAUUGAUAUAACAAUUCAGUUAUAAUUAGACCGAAACCUGCAAAAACUUGCGCUACACUCUUAUUACUAUACAGUUGGCAUCUGCUAUAUGCAGCGAAAACACAGCCUGGCAAAAGUACCACUGAUGAUGCAGAAAAUGCGUUUGUAUAAAUGGCGAACAACAUUCACUAAGAAGAGCUGUAUUUGUUUAGAUUUAUGGGUACCGUCUAUUUUUUAUCCUUCAUUUUGGCUACAAUCCCAGUCAUUAUUAAGCAAGAAGUUAUUUUGUAUAAGCUGUAUUACAGAUAGGGGUCUCCGCGGCUCAGUUGGUUAGCGUGCUAGCGAAGAGUAAUGACCCAUGAGCCUCUCACCAAUGCGGCCGCAGUGAGUUCAAGUCCAGCUCAUGCUGGCUUCCUCACCGGCCGUAAGUGGGAAGAUCUUCCAGCAACCAGCGGAUGGUUGUGGGUUUCCCCCGGGAUUGUCCGGUUUCCUCCCACCAUAAUGCGGGCCGCCGUCGUAUAAGUGAAAUGUAUUUAAGUACGGCGUAAAACACCAAUCAAAUAAAUAAAUAAAUCAAAAUAAGACAUGUAUGGAAGUUUGCUAAUGCUUCAUGUUCACCGACAGAGUACAAACCUUCUGCUUCAGACAGUGUACGCGAUGCACACCCACAGUAACUGUUGUUAACGUGACGUACAGCUCAUACAGUUUCGAACGGUGCUGCCGACGGCCUGUUUGCACUGAGCCGUUGGAUUGUUUGGAAACUAACUCCAGCAUAGGGGGAUCAUAAAAAUGGUAUAUCUGUGGGUAACAAUGCGUGUAGUGGCAAGACAACAUCAGGGUAAGGUGGGGCGUGAUUGACGAAGUAACUUGCAAGCCCUAAAAUGAUGACAAAGCCCGUCUUUGGGUGCAGGUGCGUUUGAAAUCUCACUCACCUUGUCAUCAACAGCAAUGCACCGUCAAGGCGCUCGAUCACCGCACAAAGAUGUGUAUGGUGUUCCGCUUUUGAUUUCAAAAGCUAACAGAUCGUCCAUACACGAAAGGACACAUUUCCAACCCGACUUCAUGCAAUGAAUAAAAAUUAUGCACAAAUAACGGUUACAAGAAAACAAUGAUAGCUAAUAAACUUUGGUGAGCUAGUCAACCUCGAAGAUGUCAGUCACCGACAAUGAUCUAAUUACUGAGUGCACCUUUUACAAUUUCAACUUGUUAAGGACCGAAUUUACAUGUAAUGACAAGUUCUCUGAAAACAGCAAAGUACUAGUCAGCAGUUUCAGAAACAUUAACAUGGGACUGUAAACGCCGGCGUAAUGCUAACAAAGCAAGCGAGUGCUUUCUCUAUCUGCAUCUUGAUUAACUGCUCAGUUUGAAAGCAUGUCUCUGGAAUUAAUUCCCAUCUGUAAACGAAAAAGUAAUGCUGAAAAGCGUAGUAAAACUGAGAGGUUUUGACAGCGUUGUGUCUGUCAUUCUUCUGUAUUGUUGUAUUCUUCUGGUUUCGUGAAUUUGAUAAACUGUAGAAUGAGGCUUCA